AUGACAGAAGAACAAGGCAACCCCGUACUUGUUCGGCGGCUUAAUCUGAUCCCUGUUGGGCUUAAAGAAGCAGCUCUCGAUUCGCCAACGUUUCGUGCGACAGCCACUCAUUUUGGUGACCAGAUCGAUACUGUGGAAAGAUGGCUCGAUGGAUAUGUCAAGUCGGUGUCCAAGAUGGUCGCGGAAAUGUCCACAUUGGAGCCUUUGGUUAACACGUUUCUGAGCCAUGCGACUCCACCGCACCAGAUCACAGAGGCCAUCCUGGAUCACGACUACACUCUACUAGCGAUGCAACGUUACGCGGAGGGAGCGAAAGAGUUUUGGCACCAUACACUUCGUGUGGCCAAACGUUAUGAUGCUACCAUUCUCGAGCCAAUCCGAAGCUUCAUGAACAGCGAUUUGAAGAGCUUCAAGGAUGCGAGAAGAGCGAUGGACAAUGCACAGCGCACAUUCGAUAACGUCAUAAGUCGAUACCUUGGCCAAAACAAGACAAAGGAAGCAUCUUCGCUGAGAGAGGAUGCCUUCCAGCUGCACGAGGCACGAAAAGCCUAUCUCAAAGCGAGCAUGGACUUUUGCGUCCUGGCGCCACAAUUACGCAAUGCGGUGGACAAGCUGAUCGUAAGAGUAUUCUGUGAUCAAUGGAAAGAGCUCAGAAAUUCGAAAGAGGCGCAUGCAGGUUCAUUCACAAAAUUUAGCCACGAGAUGGAUCGAAUCAGAGGGUGGAGCAGGGAGAUGGAGAAUUCUGAACGUGCUUUCAAACGAGAGCUGGCUACUGCGCGCAAGCAACUCGAAGACAAUGCAGAGCAAGCUUCACGGCCAUCUCGUGAGCUAGAAGAUUACGCUGCGUCGACUGUGCCAUACCUGGGGACAGGUGCUUCGGCUGCAGCUACUUCGAAAGGUAAGACUCAGGAUAAAGCCGAGAAGCAGGGCUGGCUGUAUCUACGCUCGGUCACCGGACGUCCUCCGCGCACGGUAUGGUCUCGGAGGUGGUUCUUCGUGAAAAAUGGCAUAUUCGGCUGGUUGAUGCAAGGGACGCGAUCUGGAGGCGUGGAAGAGAGCGAGAAGAUUGGCGUUCUCCUUUGCAGCGUGAGGCCUGCGUUUCAGGAAGAACGUCGCUUUUGCUUUGAGGUGAAGACCAGCGAUGCUAGCAUCAUCUUGCAAGCCGAAACGCAAAGCGAACUCACUGAAUGGAUCACUGCCUUCGAAGCGGCAAAGCGCAAAGCGUUGGAGGAUCCCACGAGCACACACGGGAGCUCGCAUAUCUCUGGCGUUGAUGCGGCAUUCGCAAUUAGCCCACCGAUCGCGCCAGAAUUUGCCGCGAAGUCGGGUGAUGGACAUGCAGUACAAAACAGCGACGACUUCUCUGCCAACGCCUCCAUGCCCGACAGAGAAAACGCUCACCACCAACGGGCGACUUCUGAUGCCGUACUCUCACGACGUGUUGCCAGCCCUGAUAGAGACGGUGAAGGUGCUCGGGAGCAUGCUUCUCGAAUCAAACAGAAACUUGAUCUUACGAAGCGUGGCGCGGCGGCGAACCAACCAGGCUCAGGGGCGGGAGGCAUCGCGAGCCUGAUAUCAGCAAGUCACAAUGUCCUUCCGCUUGGCCCAGGUGCUCCUCUGGCUGCGAGCGAGGGUGUCAAGCGAAGCAUGACGAUGCCAAUGAGCAGUCUCGCGCCUUCAACUUUGGCAAAUCCGCCUGCGCCUACAAAUCUCAGCCACACUGCCAUCGUCGUUGGUGGAGAGAGGGGUUAUGGCUUAGGUCGUGCCGAUGGCUCUUCAAUACCGUCAGGACUACUUGCAAAUCUGUGGGGUAGCAGCAAUUGGGCGUAUAUUAAUCGACUCGACGACGAUCUGAGCCCAGACACGCCUACAGAAUCCGUGUCGGGUGGUAUCAGAGGCUCCUCGCCAUCACAUCGCAAGACCGUCAGUGUAGGCAACGACAUUGCGAUGGAAGCGCAAAAGCUUGCUCAAGACGAUGCUGCUAACGAAUAUCCGAACUAUUACCCUGUUUCUCUAAAAGCACAGAAUUCUCAAUUCAGGAUGCUUUUCCCUCAAGUUUCCCGAAAGGAGAAGGUUGUGCUCGUUUUCCGAGCCACGUGGAACCCGAAUGAGCAGCAAGAAUUUCCGGGUCGUGUCUACGUAACUCCGAGGCAGAUUUACUUCUUCUCGAAUCAUCUCGGACUGGUAUUGAUCACGAGUGUGCGCCUUAACACCAUCACCGAGGUCACCGCGGCUCCUGGUCGUGAUUGCGACUUCCUGUAUUUGUUACUCAAAGAGAACAGCUCGCAGGACGAUGCGCGUAGGAUAACGGUCAAAGUCUUCCUCGAGCCGCUCAAACUACUGCAGAGACGACUUAAUUUUUUGGUGGAAAACGCUCAGGAGUCGGAGCCUGCCAAUCUUGAGACCAUUUUGAAGAGACUUAUCAAGCUGGAGGUCGAAGUACCGCAGCGCAGUUCUAGUGUGGAAAGCUGGGAGGACAUCACCUACGCCGCCGAUGAAGCAGCUGACGGCGCGACGAUACCAGCUAGACAGAAAGGCAGGAAUAUCAAGACGAGCUUGCGGAUUGACGACAACCUCUACGGGGAUCCUGUGAAGACUGGUCGCGAGAUACAAAAAUUCAAGCUGCCAGCACAGCCUGUAAACUAUGCACCGCGAGAUAUGCAGGCAAGCAUGUCUAAAGAUUUCACAAUCAGUGCCAAGGCUCUCUUCCAUGUCAUCUUUGGUGACAAGAGCGCUGUCUUCCAGGUCCACUAUUGGAACACGUGGGGCGAGAAGGUCGCGCAGUCACCCUGGUCAAAGAUUGAGAACGGACCCUGGACGAGGACAUUCUCGAGUCAAGACAACGCCGAUGUGUUAGCAGACACUCAAUCCAUCGACAUCUACAACGAUCACCUGUGCUAUGUGGUCACAAACACCAAAUAUCCCAGGCGCCUACCCUACGCCGACCGAUUUAUCCUCACAACCAAAUAUGUCAUCACGCAUUCAGCCAAAUCCCGAUGCAAACUUGCUAUUUUUCAGAGCGUACGCUGGCACAAAUCGCCGAUACUGAGCUACGUGAAAUAUUUGGUCGAGCGGGAAGCAUAUAACGUGCUUCGGGCCGAUGCCUCGGAUCUCGCUGCAAUCUCAACAGAUCAAGUCAGCAAGCUGGGCACCCAAAGCAAGACCAACAAGUCAAUUGAUGUCUUUGGCAGUAUAGGUGUAAAUAAGCAGGCCGCGCAGAUAGACUUCAGCCAAGCUCCAUCCGUGAGCAAACUGCAAAACAAGCUGACGACAACGAAAGCGCGACUCUCACCCAGCAUACAUCGCCUGGUGUUGCACGACGUUUUAUCCAAACUCCUCCAGGGCGUCUCUUUCAUCGUGGAUAUCAUCGUCGCCAUCAGCAACAGUGUAGUCAGCGUUUGCACAGCCCACACCUUCCUCGUCGGCUUGCUGCUCAUCUCGGCCCUCUACAAUAGCUGGCAUGGCUAUCGCGACGGACUAGUCUGGUAUCAAGAGCGCCGCGCCACAAAAUUCAUGGGCCGAAUCGGCGUUACGCCGACAGUCUACCUCAGCAAGGCGAUUUACCUGCAAGACAUUUACGAACUCAUCUCACCCACACUGGAGAAUGACACAACGGCGGCUCUGUCCUCGACACCUUCCGGCAUCGGACGAAACAGCUCCAAGACAUGCCGGACGACUUUCAGCGAGAAGCUGGCCCUCUCCACAGCCAUCGCGCCAUCGACCUCUGGCAUCGCUGCUCGCGUCGUGCGCACCCGGAACUCUCUCGCUCGUUACCGCCAUGACCUCCUCGUGGCGCUACGCGUGGUCAACCGGGUGGAGCGCGACGUCGUCCUCGCCGAAUGGGAGGAUUGGGUGCGGAGCGAGGAGGACAAUUGCGCCAGGAUUGAGGGCUUGUUACGGCAGGGCGAACAAGGGGUUGGUCAUGGGAACCAGGACGCUCAUAUUGUGGCUGAACUUGGCGAGGAGUUUCUGGAGUAUUGUGAUUCUUGUCGAUCGGAAUCACGCGGGCUUUCGGACGGGAUGGAGUUGAUUUGAUUUGUGGGUGUGUUGUAUGUCAGAUUGCUGGGUAUUCUUUUCGCGUGGGGGGUCUUGAAGCGACUGUAGCAUUAAGCGACAUACAUCACUAUUCGUUUGCUGGAGGUUCAGGGGGUUUAUCACUAAUAUUAUGCGAUCACGAAUCACAUUUUCUUUUGGCACGAUCGUACCUCAAACAUAAUUCUGGCCGCCGCUG